AUGGGGCUGCGGCUGCUGGAGCAGAGCCAGUACCUCAUGGUGAAGCUCCUCUUGGAUUGUGUCGAUCGUGACACGCACUUCUCCCACAACCCCUUAGCCCUUCCCCGAACCAACGCUUCUGGUUCGGCCGAACCUGAAGCGUCGGCAGCGCGCUCCUUUCUUCUGGGAUUCGCCUUGAUUGCCUGCGCACACGUCCCUGCUGACCUCCCCUCCUGGUUUCAACUAAGCGCCUCCACAGGCAGCAGCAGUGGCCAGCUAAGUGCCGGUGGCAGCAGCAAGGGACAGAGUGCGUUUUUAGCAGCAGGGGAGGGCGGAGGGCGUGGGUCAGCAGCAAGGGAGGCCAUGCGGGCAGCACUGGUGGAUCGGGCAGGUCCCUCUGCCGCCCGCUUCGCCCUUGCUGCCAUCCACGAGACCGACGCUGCCUUCCCGGAAGCUUCCUGUGGCGAACACGACGAGGAGUGGCACUCACAGGCAGCGGCAGUGGCAGCAGAGGAAGUGGAAGCAGGGGCAGGUGGGGAGGUGGUGAGGGGGGUGAAGGGGCGGCUGUGGGCGAAUGUGUUUGAGUAUGCAGUGCAGGGUGGGCAGUACGACGAGGCGUUCUGUGCUCUCGCCUCCAACCCCGACCCGCUCACCCGCAGCAUCUGCCUUCGCCAGUUUGUUGCUGUGCUCUGUGACAUGGCCAGCUCCGCUGUAGCCGCCGCUAUAGCUGCUACAGGCGUUACAGCCGGCACAGCCGCCGGUAGAACCGCUGCAGUGCAAACAGCAGCAUCAGCAGCAUCGGCUGCAGCGGAAGCAGCUGCAGCGGCUGAGGCAGAGAGGGCAGGGAGGGCGUUGUCUACCCUGUGUGACCGUAGCCUCCCCUAUGCUGCUGCUGACCUGCACGUACAGGUGCAGCAGGAGCUGAUGUGGCUCGCUGAGAACUCUGACGUGGCGCUGUCGCUGCCGCUGUCCACGUCAGCGGCGCUGGGCAGGGUGAGCCCGUACAAGCUGCUGUACUCGUUCCACGUGGCGCGAUCUGAUUGGAGGAAAGCAGCACUGUCCAUGUACCGAUACGCAUGGCGCCUAGGUAGGGAAGUUCUGGGCACGAGUAGCAGCAACAGCAACCGCACUGCACCCACGCCCACCCCUGCUGCUUCUGCUGCCUCGGCUGGGAGUGCGGAUAGGAGGAGGAAGCAGAGACUCAGUCCUGGUUACCACCAGCCUAGUCCCGGGAGGGUGUUUAGUCCGGUGGGGAAGGGAAGCCCGGGGAUGACGCUGGGUGCAGAGAGAAUCCCCGAGGUGAAGCUGAGUGCAGUGCGGUUGAGAGAGGUGAGCCUGGCGGUGGCAAUCCAGGCGUUGGAGCUGAUGGUGGUGGGAGGGGAGGGGCGGGGAGGUGGAGGAGAGGGGUUGAGGGGAGGAGGAAAGAUGAAGGAUGUGGGAAGGGGGGGUGAGAGUGUGGGUGUGGAGGGGGGAAGGGGCGGGGUGGGGAGGGAGGGGGGAUGGGGAGAGGAGGAGGAGGGGGAGAGGCAGGAGGCAUGGCUUCCACCCAUGGUCUCAGUUUUCCCUCUUAGGGGCGCUGCUGCUGAUGCUGAUGGUGUUGGUGGUGAUGGUGAUGGUGCCAGCGGUGGUGGUGUUGGCGGUGGUGGAAGAGGAGGGUUGAGGGAGGGUGGGUGGAUGGGGGAGAGUGGGCGGAAGCGAGGGGAGUGGGGGUACUGGAGAGAGGCGAGUCCAGCCAAAAGGGGGAGGUGGGGAGGAGAGACAGGUGGCGGCACAUCAUUGGGCCGCGGCACGGAGCCGGUGGGGCUGGAGGAUCUGCAGAGGGAGCAUGCGCUGGUGGCCGCUCAAUCCCUGCUCGCCACGUGUCCUGGGACCACUGCAGCGCUGCUGGACCACAUCCCAUCCUCCUGGACUCACAACGCACGCGCUCUUCCCACACGCCCUGCACGUCUAAUGCGCUUAGACGCACAGCCCUCUCUUCCCCUCCUUGCACCCCCACCCUCCCCCUCCCUGUCCUCCCCUUUACCCCUUGUCUGCACCCCCCCGUACCUGCGCCAGACGCCCCACCGCACGCCAGCCGCCCCACCGCACCACAUCAUGUCAGCCGGCGCUUACAGCGCCCUCUUCCCUCCCACACGUGCUUUCUAUCAUAUGCCCCUGCUUCCCUUUGUCCUCGCUUCCCCUUCCUCCCCCCCACCAGCAUCAGACGCCUCACCACAGCACAUCAUAUCAGCCUGUGCUCACAACGCCAUCUUCCCCCAAGCUCUCCACCUCGCCACACUCUUUUUCUCGGGCAGCCAGCGGGCAGCUGAACUCUCCGCGAUUCUUUCAGCAGCUGCCCGCCGCUGCUGCAUGGUUCAGCUCGGGCUGUCUCCUGCUGCCCGGGAUCUAAACAGCAUCUCUUCUCCUGCCCCUGCUGCCACGUCAGCCCAUGCCAGUGCUACUGCUGCUGCUGAUGUGGCAAGCUCUCCAGCGCUGAUGUGGCAGCAGAUGCAGGUUUGGACCGAGACGUACGUUCGGCACCAUCCGAACCUCCGUGAGGUUGUAGCCCGAGCCAUACUCGGCACCAACCCUGCUCUCCCCUUACCUCCAUGGCUCAUCCGUCUUUUCCUGGAAGGUUCCUCCUCCCUCUCCUCACUCCCCCCCUCCUCAAACCUCCUUCCCUUCGCCUUCGCCCCCUCCUCUCUCUCAUCACCCUCCUUCCUCGCACCGCUCUCCACUCCUUUCAACCCAUCUAUCGCCCCUCCCAUCGCUCCGGACCCCUCAUCACUCCUUCGAGUCUACCUGGACUUCAAUCAUCUCAUCCAAGCGUCCCGAUUGGCCCUCGCCAUGCUCCGUGCAUGGAGAGCCGUCCGAUCGGCCGAUCCCCGCACGGCGAAGCAACGGAUGGGCGCCACAUGGCAGCCGCACGCCCUGCUGGACCGGCUGAGGCUACAGCUGGCAGCCGCUGCUGCUGUGGCCGAGGAGGGGGAGAGGGGGAAGGGGGCGAGUGGCAGAGGGGGUGGGGGUGGUAGAGCAGGGGUGAGUGUGGGUGAGGGUGAGUAUGAGGUGGUGUGUGCGAUGCAGGGGGAGGUGGAGGCGGCAGUGAGGGCGUAUCUGGGGCAGGUAGAUCUGGAUGGGGAGGACUACAGGCAGGUGGCAACUGGAGGAGCAGGGGGGGCUCGUAAAGGAUCACAGGCAUUGGGGUCAGGGGCAGGGGGAGGAGGGGAGUCAGCAGCAGGGGCAGCAGGAGCAGGAGGCAGGCUGCAAACAGCAGCAUUUGGCGCAGCACCAGCUUUCGGGUCAGCACCUAUAGGAUCAGCACCAGGUUUUGGAGCUAAGUUGGCACACACAGGAGCAGCUUCAGUCACACUGGCAGGCGGAGGUGGAGGAGGAGCAGCAGCAGCAGCAUCGGUGACAGCAGAGGCUGCAGGCGCGGGAGCGGCAACGGGGGGGAGUGUGUUUGGCAGGCUGGGAGCGGGUUUUGGAUCGCCUCAUGCUUCCCCACCUGCUGCUGCCCCCUCUGCUGCUCCACCUGCUGCUCCCUCUGCCGCCCCUCUGUUUGGUGGGGCGGGCAGCACUUUUGGUGGGGCAGGCAGCACUUUUGGUGGGGCGGGCAGCACUUUUGGUGGGGUGGGCAGCACUUUUGGUGGGGCGGGCAGCACUUUUGGUGGGGCAGGCAGCACUUUUGGUGGGGCGGGCAGCACUUUUGGUGGGCCGGGCAGCACUUUUGGUGGGGCGGGCAGCACUUUUGGUGUAAGAGGUGAUGGUGAGAAGAACACAGAAGCAGAUGGUGGUGGGAAGGCUGGUGGUGCUGCUGGUGCUGGUGGCGCUGGUGCUGCUGGUGCUGUGGGGCUUGGGUCGAGUGCAGGAGGGUUUGGGUCGAGAAGUGGGGAUGCUGGAAGUGGGGGUUUUGGGGGAGGUGCAGGAAAAACUGAAGGGGGAAAUGGGGGAGGGGGACAAGGAACAGGGUUUGGUGGAUUUGGAGCAACCACAGGAGGUGGUUUUACAGGAGGAUUUGGGGCAGGCAGUGGUGGUUUUGGAGCAGGCGGCAGUGGGAUUGGGGCUGGCGCUGGUGGUUUUGGGGCAGGCACUGGUGGUUUUGGGGCAGGCACUGGUGGUUUUGGGGCAGGCGCUGGUGGUUUUGGGGCAGGCACUGGUGCUUUUGGGGCAGGUGGUGGUGGUUUCGGGGGUGGCUCUGUGGGGUUUGGCACAGCUGCUGGCGGCAGUUCAAGUGGGUUUGGUGAUGCCUUUGGAAGCACAGCGCACAAGUGA